CUCUCGAGACACAAAAGUCGACAACCAUGAGGAUCAGUGAAAUGGAUGUGGAUAGGGUUGUAGGAUACUUCAAGGGCAAGAGCAUCCUCAUCACUGGUUCAACAGGGUUCCUAGGAAAAGUGCUUGUGGAGAAGAUAUUGAGGGUUCAGCCUGAUGUCAAGAAGCUCUUUCUUCUGAUUCGGGCCUCCGACGUCGAAUCCGUAAAGUUUCGAAUUCAUAAUGAGAUCAUGGGGAAGCAGAUCUUUCAAGUUUUGAAAGAAAAACAUGGUUUGGAGUUUGAUAAUUUUGUCAAAGAAAAGAUAUGUCCUUUGGUGGGGGAUGUCAUGCAUGAGAACUUUGGACUAGACACUGUCAAACUGAGAGAAGUGUCCAAGGACAUAGACGUUAUCAUUAAUGGAGCCGCCACUACGAACUUCUCUGAAAGAUAUGAUGUGGCUUUCGACACGAAUGUCUUGGGAGUGAAGCACACUUGCGAAUUCGCAAAGAAGUGUACUAAGCUCAAAAUGUUGCUUCAUGUUUCAACUGCCUAUGUAGCUGGUGAGAAAGAGGGCCUAAUAACAGAGAAGACAUUCUUGAUGGGUGAGACACUAAGGGUGGGCACACAUCUGGACAUCGAAAUUGAGCUAAAUUUGAUCAAAGAUACCAAGAGAGAACUAAGGGCUAGCAGUUCCACAGAGAAAGCUGAGAGGAAAACCAUGAAGGAGCUUGGCCUCAAGAGGGCGCGCAAUUUUGGGUGGCCAAACACCUAUCUCUUCACUAAGGCAAUGGGGGAGAUGAUGAUAGGGCACCUGCGAGGGGACGUUCCAGUGGUCAUCAUUCGCCCGAGCAUCAUAACCAGUACAAUCAAGGAGCCAUUGCCUGGAUGGAUCGAAGGAAUCAGGACGGUCGACACAGUGAUUAUGGGUCAUGCGAAGCAAACCUUGCCAUUCUUCGUAAUCAACCUUGAUUUAACACUUGACAUGAUUCCAGGGGAUAUGGUGGUGAACGCUAUGAUGGCUGCCAUGGCAGCACACUCAGAGGACCAUCAAGCUCAGAUCAUUUACCAUGUAACUUCGUCGGUACUUAAUCCUACACCCUCAUCCCUCGUCAUAGACUCAAUGCACCGUUACUUCGUUGAGAACCCGCCAUGCAAGGGGAGGAACGGCGAGCGUGUCCGGCUGAAGAAGAUGCGAAUCUUCAGCACGCUUGCGCGGUUGAGAUUGUACACGGCCAUCAAGUAUGAGCUUCCCCUCGAGAUGCUUCGCCUACUGAGCAUUGCGCUCUGUGGUGUUUUCUCACGGCGCUACAAUGAGCUCAAUAGAAAAUACAGAUUCCUCAUGCAUAUGAUCGAGCUCUAUGCACCAUUCGCCUUGUUCAAAGGGUGCUUUGAUGACACGAACUUGGAGAGGCUAAGGAUGGCAAUGAACAAGGAUGAUCAAAUUAACAAUGGAGCCUAUUCCCUUGACUUUGAUCCCAAGUCCAUCCACUGGGUUGAUUAUUUCUAUGGUGUUCACAUUCCUGGUGUGCUUAAAUAUUGUGUUUAACUGGCCAAAUCUCCAGCAAGUUACUAGCCAUGGAUAUACAAUAAUUGUACUAGGCCUUUGAUGCAACUCUUCUGUUCGCCAUUUAGUGCAUGGAAUUGGUGAGAGUAUUUACCGGAGAAGAGCAUAAUAAAUAAUAAUAUGCCCACCUUUCUUUUACGAAAAA